AUGUCGUUCGGCUUGAAGAAUGCGGGGGCGACCUAUCAGAGACUAGUCAAUCGAAUCUUCGCCAAGCAGAUCGGUAGUACAAUGGAGGUCUAUGUGGAUGACAUACUAGUAAAGAGCCGAACGGCAAGGGAACAUUUGGCGAACCUAUCCCUCAUGUUCGGCAUCUUGAAGGAAUACCGAAUGAGACUCAACCCCACGAAGUGCGCCUUCGGAGUAUCUUCAGGGAGAUUCCUCGGUUUCAUGAUCAGCCAGAGGGGCAUCGAGGCGAACCCCGACAAAAUCAAGGCCAUAAUCGACAUGAAGGUGCCGAAAACACAGAAGAACAUCCAGAGCCUUACCGGACGAGUGGCAACCCUCACUCACUUCAUCUCAAAAGCCACAGACAGGUGUGCACCGUUCUUCAAAGCCUUGAAAGGGGGCAAACAUCACAUAAAGUGGACCGCCGAAUGUGAUAAGGCGUUUCAAGACUUGAAGGACUACAUGGGCAGAGCUUUGCUGCUGUCAAAACCCCUCCCUGGGGAAAUACUCUCUCUAUAUCUAUCAGUAUCCAACACUAUCGUCAGCUCGGUACUGAUACGAAUACCAGAGAAGACAGAACUACCCAUCUUCUACGUCAGUAAGGCCCUACAGGGGGCAGAGUCUCGGUACCCCCCACUCGAGCAGUUGGCUUUGGCCCUGGUCGUUUCUGCCCGACGGUUGAGGCCUUAUUUCCAGGCCCACACCAUCAUCGUUCUAACCAACCAGCCCCUUCGGCCGGUUUUUCAAAAAACAGAAACAUCCGGCAGGCUGGUGAAAUGGGCGAUCGAGUCGGGAGAGUUCGACGUACAGUUCAAACCCAGACCUGCCGAGAAGGGACAAGCUGUGGCAGACUUCAUCGCUGAACUGACACCUUCGGAGGCCUCAGAACCUGAGAAAACCCCUCCACAGGAAGGCCUACCGAACGGCAGCCGCCUCGACCAGUCAACUCCUUUCUGGAUCCUAGACGUUGAUGGCUCGGCAAACCAACAAGGAUGCGGAGCUGGUCUGGUACUCACCGCUCCCGAUGGAGCCAAAAUUGAAUAUGCCAUCAGGUUUGGCUUCCGAACGUCCAACAACGAAGCCGAAUACGAGGCGCUUUUGGCCGGAAUAGUGAACCAGGUAACUGCCGACUUCGCAGCAAAGGACGCGUCCAUGAUGGCGUACCUCACGGCAGCACACCAACUGCUAAACAACUUCCAAGCGUACGAAAUUCGGCAGAUACCAAGAAACGAGAACAGUCAUGCCGACGCCCUCGCUAGAUUGGCUUCGGCAAUCAAUGACAAAAUAGGUCGAAUGAUCCCCGUCAAGAUACUGACCCUUCCGAGCACCGCCAUUGCCGAGAUCUGCGCUAUAGAGUACAACACAUGGAUGUCGCCUAUUCAUGCUUACCUAACAAACGGCCCCCUCCCUGCAAACAAGGCCAAGGCCAGACAGCUGCGUUACCGAUCGACAAGGUACAUUUUCAUCAACGACAUUCUGUACAAACGUGGCUACUCGACCCCCUACAUGAAAUGUAUCACCGAAGAGCAGGGCGAAUAUGUCCUUCGGGAGAUCCACAGUGGUGUCUGCGGCGAUCACUCCGGUUAUAGAUCCCUAGCCCACAAGGCCUUCCGACAGGGGUACUAUUGGCCGUCAAUGCAUCGGGAUGCAAUAACAAUGGUGAAGAAGUGCGACAAAUGCCAGAGGUUCGGCAAUAUCCCGCAUCUACCUGCCGAACCCCUCACGCCAAUCGUAAGUCCGUGGCCGUUUGCCCAAUGGGGACUUGACCUAAUCGGACCAAUGCCGCAAGGCAAAGGACAGGUCAAAUAUGCGAUCGUUGCCGUUGACUACUUCACGAAAUGGGUUGAGGUUGAAGCCCUAGCCACCAUAACGGCACCAAGGGUCGAAGAGUUUGUCUGGACCAAUAUCUGUUGCCGCUUCGGCAUCCCCUACGCCAUCAUCACCGAUAACGGCAGGCAGUUCGAUUCAGAGCUCUUCAGGCAGUUCUGCACCCGCCUCAAACGGUCAGGUAGAGGCCGUGAACAAAAUUAUCAAGAAGCUCUUAAAACGGCAGCUCAACAGUGCCAAGGGUGCUUGGCCGGAGAAGCCUCCCGAAGCCCUGUGGGCGAUAAAGACAUCCUACCGAACCUCCACGGGGGAAAAUCCCUUCAGCCUUGCAUUCGGAUAGGAAGCCGUUGUCCCAGUAGAGAUCGGCGAGUCAACUUAUCGAACGGAAGGUUUCGGACCGAAGGCGAACGAGGCUGCACUCGCGUUAAGCCUGGAUUUGAUCGAGGAACGCCGAACGGUAGCCAACCUUCGAAACGAAGCUUACAAACAGCGCGUCUCUCGGUACUACGACUCAAGGGUCAAACCUCGCUCCUUCAGAAUCGGGGACUGGGUUAUGCGCAAAGUUUGGCUUGCAACCGAAAACCCAACGGAAGGAACCCUCGGACCUAUCUGGGAAGGACCCUAUGA